AUGCCUCUUAACCUGGAUAUUCUUUUCAAAAGGGUCAUCUCACCUUUAUUUAAAUAUCCUAUACUUUUAGGAUUGUUGACUCUAUGGUACUUCAAACAGCGUCAAUGUAAUUUACUUCAGCUUCUACUGGUGCUUUUAUCGCUCAUGCUUCAUGUGAUGGUAUAUUUAAACCAUUCUUACAAGGAACGGGGGCGAUGGCCUAACUUACAGAACAAACCUCAAAGUACUUGCGUAAUUACUGGUGGUAGCAAUGGACUGGGGUUGGCUAUGGUCGAGCAAUUUCUGUUUCAAUUUCCUUGCAUGACAGUUGUCAUCAUAGAUAAAUGCGUUCCUAAACUAAAGCACUCAAAUAUAGUAUUCUACCAGUGUGAUUUGUCGGAUUCUGAUGAAGUCGAAUCAGUACUAGACCAAAUCAUUUUGAAUCAUGGCAACGUUGAUGUACUUGUCAACAAUGCCGGAAUUAGAAACAAGUACCAAAAUUUCAGCAAUAUUCGUAGGGAAGAUUUGAGCCUCAUCUUCAAAGUAAAUGUGGUCGCCCCUACUAUAAUCCUUCAAAAACUGGCCCCUAAGGAUGAAGCGCGUCAGUUUUAUUUAGUGACUAUUGCUAGUGUUCUGGGCAUUAAUGCACCGGCAAAGGCUGCCACUUAUGCAGCAACAAAGGCUUCCUUGAUUGCUCUUCAUGAAUCUUGGUCUCACGAACAUAGUGACGAAAACCUCGUGAGGUCUCUGCUCGUCCUUCCUGGUCAAUUGGAUACUGCAAUGUUUCAAGGAUUUAAGCCUCCAAAAGAGUUUCUUGCGCCAUUAGUCGAUCCAGAGAAACUGGCUGUUGAGAUCGUAAAUUGCUGUCGAAGUGGGGUGCGUGGUGAACUUUGCGCACCGUUAUACGCAAACUUCAUGUACAUCUUGAAAGGCUCUCCAUAUAUGCUAGUGCAAUUGGCGCGUAAAUUUUCCGGCAUGGAUAAGUGCUUACCCAUAGAAUGA